UCUCAAUUUUGAUUUACAACCACCGCAGCCACACACCACCAAGUCUCUGCUCCACAGAACAUGCAACACACACAACAUGCAGCACCCAGCAUCAAGCUGACAGACCUGUCAUAGACGGCAGCAUGGAUUAUCUGCCCCGUGUAUCCCUGUCGGCCGGCCACCAGGCCUUUAGCCGAUCCACACACUCACACAUACUCACACUCACACACAUACACCGCACCUACAGUACUUCACCAAAGAUGCACGUUAAGAGCACCAAAGAUGCACGUCGGCCGGCCACCAUGCAGGCCCGUGGCCGAUCCACACACACACCCUCACACACAUACACCGACCGCAUCUACAGUACUUCACCAAAAAUGCACACUGCGCACUCAUGUACUACCACGACCCACAAGCAGCCAAUCAACCCAUCCCUCCCCCCUGCUACACAUAUGAUUGCUCAGCAGAGGUCGCGGACGGACGGUGGCCACGAGAUACAGCGGGUUUCGAGAAAAGUGACUGCACCAGACGGAUUAGGACUACGAGCAAAGCGAAUGCCAUGGCCAGAUAGAAAACCCAGAUGGUCGCGUAGGAACUCGACACGGCCAACACAUACAGAAAAGGCACUGCGACACAGCGCAUGGUAUCGCAGUACACAGUGCCCCAGGCCAUGGCCAGUACAGUCGCAUGCUCCCCCGAUACGGCAUACAAUCCCAGACACCGAGUGAACAGCACGAAAGGCAGCACCCACAGGGCCACAAAACCGAUGGGGACGAGUAUGUCCAGGUAAUCUUCUUGGUGUUCGUAACUGUUCCAGACAAUCUCAGAGUGAAGUACGUCAAACCACGGCAGGAAAUAAAGGAAACUGCUCAAUAGAAUCAGCUGGAUGACGUGGGUCGUCAGCUGAUAGCCCGCCUUGCUGUGGGGGAAUCGCAGGGGUGCCAGCACAGACAUCCUUUUGAAGAACGACCAGCAGCACAACACCAAGAGGACCAAACUCCCGAUAGCGAGGCCGACAAGGAGGCCGAUAUCGGUCUCGUCCAGUGAGAAAUACUGGUGGUAGUACCAGUGCGAUAUCGGUCCUCGAUUGAGGUGUUGGGAGUAGAAAGCGAAGACCACCGGGGCCAAGAACAGCAGCUGGUGCGUCAAGAUGAAUGCGUACAAGUCAGUGCCCUCGACCUGAAGGCAGAAGCAAGACCAACAAGCACAGGAUAGGAUGAACCAUGUCGUGUAUCCGUGUGCCGUGUUCCUCACCUUGGUCGGUGGCUUGCCCAGAAGAACCUUCAACCCAAAGAAGUCAAAAGGCAUAACGGGAGGAGCGCACUCGGCGGCACCACCAGUGUGAGGCGCUUCCUCACUGUGCAGCCGAGGGGCCUCGGCGUCCACCACCCCAGACGGCAUCGGGAAGGGGGUGCCAGACUGGCCAGCAAACUGAGGCUGUGGGGCGUGUGUGUGUUGCAGCUGUGACGACUCGUACGGCGGAGGGGCCUGCUGAUGGAGCUGAGGGUAGAAUCCCGCCACGCGUCUUGGGUCUCCCGAUGGCGUGUUCAGAUCUGCCAUUCAGGCAACAGAUCAAGUGCACUUGUGGGCAGACGACAGCCAGAAGGUCUGCAGUAUUCUUGACUCAGAUUCUUGAGUGUAGCUGAGAAGGCACUCGUGCGAAGCUGCAAUAAGUGAGGAGGGCUGUUGGCCGGGUAGAUCAGACAGGAGACAAGCCCCAUUGUGUCUUCUCUCGCCUCCACUCUUUUCU